CGCUCUCUCUCUCUCUCUCCCUCCCCCUCUGUUUUGCCGUUCUUCUCUCUCUCAGCCUCUCUGUCUGGAGAACCAUCCUCCUGUUCGUUCGUGACCAUGUCUCUCCUCUCUGAUCUCAUCAACCUCAAUCUCUCCGAAUCCACUGAGAAGACCAUCGCUGAAUACAGUUGGAUUGGAGGAUCUGGUUUGGACUUGAGAAGCAAAGCAAAGACACUGCCCGGAGUAGUAACGGACCCAUCAGAACUGCCCAAGUGGAACUACGACGGCUCAAGCACAGGCCAAGCCCCAGGGGAUGACAGUGAAGUAAUCCUGCACCCCCAGGCUAUUUUUAGGGAUCCAUUCCGAAGAGGAAAAAACAUCCUGGUGAUAUGUGAUGCGUACACACCGGCCGGCGAGCCGAUCCCCACCAACAACAGAUUCAACGCUGCCAAGAUAUUCAGUCACCCCGACGUUGUCGCCGAGGAUCCUUGGUACGGCAUCGAGCAAGAGUACACUCUUCUGCAGAAGGAUAUCAAUUGGCCGCUUGGAUGGCCAAUUGGUGGGUUCCCGGGUCCACAGGGUCCCUACUACUGUGCUGCCGGAGCAGACAAGGCCUUCGGUCGCGACAUUGUGGACUCACAUUACAAGGCAUGCCUCUAUGCCGGAAUAAAUCUCAGCGGCAUAAAUGCUGAAGUUAUGCCCGGGCAGUGGGAGUUUCAAGUCGGUCCUACUGCUGGUAUUGCUGCUGGUGAUCAGUUAUGGGCUGCUAGAUACAUCCUUGAGCGAAUUACGGAAAUUGCAGGAGUUGUCCUUUCUUUGGACCCAAAACCAAUCCAGGGUGAUUGGAAUGGUGCGGGUGCUCACACUAACUAUAGUACCAAGUCGAUGAGAAAUGAUGGCGGAAUUGACGUGAUCAAGAAGGCAAUCGAGAAACUGAGUCUGCGCCACAAGGAACACAUUGCUUCCUACGGAAAAGGCAACGAGAGGAGAUUGACAGGUCUCCAUGAGACGGCUGACAUCCAUACUUUCUCUUGGGGCGUGGCAAACCGAGGGGCUUCCAUUCGGAUUGGUCGCGAAACUGAGCAAGCUGGCAAAGGCUAUUUCGAGGACAGAAGGCCAGCGUCGAACAUGGAUCCGUAUGUUGUGACUUCUAUGAUCGCCGAAACCUCUAUUCUCUUAAAGUGAGAUUGAAUCCUAUUCGGAGGAAAUGAGCUCUAUCAAUUGCAAAUAACUCUAUGAAUCUCUCUCUCUGCUUGCCUGCAUGCGGUUUGGCAUGAGCAUUUGCUGCUUUCUGUUGAUUGGUUUAUGUUCUAAUGAUUGUGUAAUUGUUGAUGUUUCAAAUUACGUGUUUAGUGUUGUCUAAGGAGCUGUAAUAAACAAGGGUAAUUUAGUUAGAAUUUUUUCCCUCCUUUUUUGU